AUAAGACUACAAAUAUGGAAGGAAACGUAUAUUCAUCUUAGCAAAAUAGGCAUUUGCCAAAAUUGUAGGAACAGCUUUUUUCUUUCUUUUUCCGGCCACCUUCAAGAGGUGAUGGGGGUUUUCCGUUGCCUUGGUGUGGACUGAAUUAUUGGGGUUGUAGCCGAUUCACGACCAAUGAAUUGCGGCAGCGGCACUAAUCCAAUGGGUUCGCUCAUUUGUCCCAAACCUCGUCGGCUUGGGGAUCCCAUUAGCCAUUCUAGCUGCAUUCCACUAAGAAAAAUAGCUGAGCCAUUUGUUUCAAAAGGUGGAGCAGAACUUAUUGAUCUUAUUCUCAAAGAGAAUGAUCUUCAUGAUGGUGUAGCUGCAACACAACACACAUCUGAUUUGUCGUCAUCCCCUCCUUUCUUCUCUGGUUCACCGCCUUGCAGGGCUAUGAAUCCAUUAAUCCAUGAUGCUCGCUUUACAAAUGAAAAACAACCCUGUUUUUCAUCAUUACCAAGUACAUCUACUUCAGCUUCAUCUUCUCCAUCAUCAAUUUGUAAAGGAAGGUGUUCAAUGGCAAGACUUGGGCAAACUCAAUCAUCAAAUAGAGUAGAGGGUUUUGACUGCCAAAACUCCCGCAUGGCUGCUAUGGCUUAAAAAUCUUCCUUACUGAGAAGUAUAUAAAGUCGGCAGCUCAACAAUGUAUAUAGAAUAUCUAGAAAAGAAGAGAAGAUUUUGGAGAUAUUAGCGAUUUGUUAGAGGGGAAAAGUUCUGGUUUUUCGUUAAUAUUAUUGUGCAACGAUGUGGCUGUUGCACAUUUAUUUGAAAUAAGGUGGUUGAGAGUUAGUUUUGUUUUGUGCUGUCACUCUCGACUGAUUUUGGUGCCACAAAUUUUUGACAAUUUCAAAACCUGCAAUAUUGUAUAUAUGUGAAAUUUGGAAUAGGGAGUGGUGAUUGAGUUUCUUUUUCU